CAUUAAUAUUACAAUUGUUCCGAAAUGCUGAAAGCGAUCUGAAAAUGCAGACCAUCAUGAUGACUAUUUGAAUCUGAUUCGUCAACAGCAGAACAAGACAAAAAAUCUAACACACAGACAUCUUCCCUGUCCACAAAUGCACAAAGCGCUUCACCUACACAUUUUUCACAAAACAGAAUAAGGCUGAAGUACACUAUGUUUGUUUUGGUUUGUCUUUUUCCCUCUUCUUUUUUAUCCUUCUUUUUGCAGUGGAAAAUAAUACACUUAAAUUAUAAAUAUUUUUGUAAAGGUUGUAUGUUUUAAUAGCUUUUUUUUGUUUUUACCUUUUUUACUGCCUGAAAGUACUGGUUUAUUUCAUUAUUGUAAUAAUGCCUUUUUCUCACCAACUAGCCGUGCCCUGCUUCAAUCAGUUUCCCCAUGCAGUGAGUUCCAGUGUGAGGGUGCUAUGGAUCUGUUUGGAGGUUGAAUAAUAUUUUUUUAACAUGAUUUCAUUGUAAUAUUAUGUCAUUUUAUUGUAAUAAUUUAUUUUCUAAAUUUGAUUAUCAUAUUGAGAACGCUUUAAAAAAUGCAAGAUGUUUUUAGGCAUUGCUUUACACACUGAUAUUAGUACCUCUAAAAAAAGACUACAGCUCAUGAAAAAGUUGAAUAUAAUUUCAGAAAGUCAAACCCUUAUAUAAUUCAGACUCAUGACACAGAAGCUUUCAAGCCUUUAUUUCUUGAAAUGAUGAUUAUGGCUUACAGAUAAUGAAAACCCAAAAUGCAGUGUCUCGGAAAAUUUGAUUAUUAAAAGAUUAUUAAGAUCAAUUAAAAAUAAUAUUUUAAACAGAAAUGUCAGGCUUGUCAAAACUGUGUUCAUUUCUAUGCACUCAAUACUUGGUUGAGCAUGAAUUGCUGCAUCAGUACGCUGAAGCAUGUAGGCAAUCACCUUGUGGCACUGCUCAGGUGUAAUGGAAGCUCAGGUGCUUCAGAUCACCUGCAUUGUUUGCUCUGGUGUCUCAUCUUCCUCUGGACAAUACCUCAGAGAUUCUCUGAGAGAUUCAGAUCAGGCAAGUUUGAAGACCAAUCAUGCACAGUAGCAACAUGGUCAGUGAGCCAUCAUUUGUUACCUUUGGCUGUGUGGGCAAAUGCCCAGACCUGCUGGAAAAUUAAAUUGGCACCUAAGCUUAAGGCUCUGGCUCCACUGCCCUCGUCAGCGUUUACGCGCAUAACCCCGCGAAACCACAGCCACGUGUCAACGCGAAUAAACACACGCUUUGGUGAAUAGUGAUGUUAUUUCCAGAUAUGGGUCACUGUUAUGGACAAGAAAUUACGAACCUUCAGAAGAAUUGUUUAAUCAAUUAUUAAUUAUUUUAUUAAUGUGGGUAAUUGAUAUUACAUCAGAUGUGUACUGACAAUGUAAAAUAGCCUACAAUAACACAUACCUCGUUUCCUCAUUUUCCUUUGAAGCAAAAACAAAACAAGCUCCUUUCCUGUGCUCAUUUUGCUAAAUCAAUCAAGAUAGGAUGAUGGGGUCUUUGCCAUCAACCCAUUGUUAAAAAAUCACAUAACAAAUAUGUUUUAAUACUUGCAUUUUUAUGGUCGUUUCAUUUACUUUCAUCAUGCCAUAUAUGCCCAUUUGGCUGUGUAAAGGUCAAGUUAGCUCUUAUAUACAUUAACACGCAGUUUAUGGCAUUUAAAUGUAAGGUUACGCUUUUAUUUUGGUGACUUCCGGUGUGAACGGAAGUGAAGGAAAAAACGUUAGCUUGUUAUAAAGAAAAGACGCAAAGUAAACACGGCAACGUUAAUAGUGAAAAUCAAAACAACGGAGAAAAGUUAUAUAAAACAAACUAAAGAUAGCUACAGUCGACAGGGGAACAAGCUCUUACGUUGGUUCUAUGACACGGCAAGGAAAGAUUAAAAGUCAUUUAACCAUCAGUUCUGACCUUUUCAGUUCGAUUGGAUGCUACAGGCUGUGUGACAAUUUGAUUACCUUACCUGGGGGCAAAUGUACAAAUUUGACCUUUGCAGUGCCCUCCUUGAAUGAAAUUCUGAAGGACCCUGCUCAGUCAAGGGAAUGAUUUCCCUUUGCCCAUUUACCCUGCAGAGCUGGAACGUUUGGGGUUAUAAGGCAUAUAUGUUGCAGCCUGUCCAAAAACUGUUGUGGGGUGAAGUCCAAGCCACCACCUGACAGCAUUCUAUGACACACUCUGCUUUCAUCUUGAAUCUAUCUUUGUCUGAGUUGACAAAACAGCUUCAUGAAGGUUCACUGUCUCCAGAAGAGGUCUUUUAUGCAUAUAUGGAUAAGACCCUUGAUUUACAACAAAAACUAAACUGCUGCACUGAGAUUAUUUUGGAUAGUUUUGAGAAGUUAAAAACUAUUGACUCUGGCAAAAAAGGUCUUUUAUAUGGAGUUCCUGUCAGUGUUAAAGAAAAUCUCUCUCUCAAGAACUGUGACUCUAAUUGUGGGGUGGUCAAAUUUAUAGACCAGCCUGCUGAUGAUGACUGUGUGCUAGUGAAAGUGCUGAAGAAGCAAGGAGCAAUUCCUUUUGUGAGAACGAACUUUCCACAGAGUUUAAUAAGCUUUGAUUGCAGUAACCCAUUUUAUGGCCAGACUGUGAACCCAUAUAAUCUUCAAAAAACCUCUGGAGGUUCUUCUGGCGGAGAGGCUUCCCUGAUUGGUGGAGGAGGCUCAGUAAUUGGUGUAGGCUCAGACAUUGGAGGUAGUAUUCGGGUCCCUGCUUCGUUUUGUGGGAUUUGUGGGCUAAAGCCAACAUCAGGUCGAUUGAGCUCCGUGGGUCUUAAAACCUUUAUCCGAGGGCAAAAGGCUGUGGAAAGUACUAUUGGACCAAUGGCAAAGGAUGUGGACAGUUUGGCUCUGUUCAUGAAGGCUGUACUUUGUGAUUACAUGUUUUCCCUGGAUCCAACUGUUCCACCACUGCCAUUUAAUGAGAAGGUGUACCAAAGCAGGAAACCUCUGAGAAUUGGAUAUUUUGAACAAAUUGAGGAAACACUAGCAUUUCCAUCAAUGAUCCGAGCAGUGCAAGAAGUCAAGGUUUUGUUAGAGCAAGCAGGCCACACUUUGGUGCCUUACAACUUGGUGAAAAAGGAGAUGUUUGAACUAGUGACCAAAGGGAUUUUGCCAGAUGGAGGUAGAAUCUGUGCUGAACAAAUGAAAGGAACUACAGUUGACCCUAGUUUAAAAUUUGCAAAUUUACUUUGGAGAACGCCAAAUUGGUUGAAGAAAGUGAUUGCCUUCAUCAUUAAACCUUUGUUGCCCUUUACAAGUCGUACAUUACAGGCUGUGAGUGGAGUUGGAUCUAUUGCUGGCCUUUUCAAGUUGCAAGCUUCAAUAGAGGACUGUGUAAAAGACACAAUAGCAGAGUGGCAACUGCUCAAUAUAGAUGUUGUCCUUUGCCCAAUACUUGGACCCGCUUUGAACUUCCAUUAUUGUUCCAAAGUAUAUAGUAUGGUUCCAUUUUCAGCGACUUUCAAUCUGCUCAACUUUUGUGCUGGUGUUGUGCCUGUUUCCACUGUGACUGCACAGGAUGAGAAAAACCUCUGUCAUUUUGCUUCGGGGAAUAUGUAUGAACGGUUUUUAAACAAGGCUGCAAAAGGAGGAGAGGGCCUUCCUGUUGGUGUCCAGUGUGUGGCUCUGCCUUGGCAUGAAGAACUCUGCCUGCGCUUCAUGAAGGAGGUGGAGGAGCUUGUCAAGAAACAGAAGACCUAGGAAUUAACUAUUCAAAACAAAAUAAAUCACCACUAAGAUGAAACCGAUCAGUAGAGCAAUGUCCUAUUAUUGUGCUUAAACAUUAAGGACAAUAGCUAUGUCCACACGUACACCAAAAUCAGAUUAUUAUGAUUUGAGGAUAUUUAAAAUUUAAUGAAAUGCAACCUGCAAAAUCUGAUGUGAAUAAUCAGAGGGACCAUGAUCAGAAAUAAAUCAGAUGAUUUAGCUGUGUACAUGUCAUUUGAAUCAUUCUAUAACUCAAAAAAUCUGCUUAUAAUAAUCACAUGCACACUCAAAAUCAGUAGUAUGCUGGUAACCACAGCCAUUUUGGUGGCCUUUCCUUUUCAUUUGUCUUCUGUAUUAGAGAAAUGAAAUGAGGUGGCAAGUGUUACCCUAGACUUGGCAAAGAGCUGGAAUUGAGAGGUAGUUCUUAGCAUUAUCUGUGGCACGUGGAGCAGCUCUGACUGUGACACUCAGUCAGGGAGCGCUAAGCUUUUAGCGCCUUCCAUGGUCUUCAGAGAAAACUUGACAUUGUUCCUAAAUCCCCCAAUUGAAGUUAUAACACACAAUAACAUAUGCUAAAUUCACACUGCAACCUUUGUCUACACUUGGCUAAAAAUAUGUGAACCUUUUUCAUUUGAUGUAACAAGUUGACAGUUUACAUUGAAUAAAAAUCCUUGUAUUCAUUAA